AGGCCACCGCCACCCCCGCCACCCCCGCCCCAGCAGCCCCAAACCCUCGCCGUACCGACUCGGGCGAAGCUCGCCUCCGCGGCCAGGGCGCAAAACAAGAAGAUGGGGACCGUGCUGUCGUUCAGUCCGCGGGACCGGCGUGGGUCCGGUUACCCGACCGCGGCCCACCAGCACCCCGCCGAUUUCACCCUGAACAACUUCAACUACGAGCAGCUGAACAACGCCAAGAAUCGCGAGAACAAGAGCACGUCCUCGGUAGCUCCGGCACCGACGAAUCAACCCAACAACAACUCGCUGCAGAACAAUAAUAUCAAUCUGAACUGCAACGACAACGCGAGGAUAAUAUCCGAGAAAAAUGCCCUCGACAAGAACCUUAAGAAGCACUCGCUGUUCAUUAACGCUCUGUCGUGGAAACGGUUCAGCACUACCAAUAACAACAAGAAGAAACUUGACAACAAAAAUAAAAACAUUACCUUCAGACAGCCUCUCGACAAUAUACCCAUCGUUGAUAAGAACAAGAAUAUACAGACCCCGCAGAUCAAAGUACCCGUGACAAACAACAAUCACACGACGCACAAUCCAACCUGCGAAAAAUUGGUCCAAAAACCUCUGCCCCCCGGCCCGAGGAAGACUGUUAUUCAGGCCUCGACGUCGGAGCUGCUCAAGUGCCUCGGUGUCUACCUGCAUGGAAAAUGCACACGGUUGCGCGACUUCCAGGCUGGCGAUGCGGUCGUUUGGCUCAAGAAAGUCGACCGGAGGCUGCUCAUUCAGGGAUGGCAGGACGUCGCCUUCAUCAACCCCGCGAACGUCGUGUUCGUGUACAUGUUGGUUAGAGAGUUGGUCGACGGCGAGGAAGCCUCGGAGAAGGAGCUGCAGGCGACGGUAUUGACGUGCUUAUACUUGAGCUACAGCUACAUGGGCAACGAGAUAAGCUAUCCCCUGAAGCCCUUCAUUAUCGAGGACAACAAGGACAAGUUCUGGGACCGAUGUCUCCUGAUUGUCAAUCGACUUAGCGCUAAAAUGCUUCGCAUUAACAGCGAACCCGGAUUUUUCACGGAGAUCUUCACCGAGCUCAAGGCAUGCGGAGCAGGAGAUCGAGGAACCCUGGCUGACAGCGGUCUGGAGCGGAGCCUCGUCGUCUCCGGAAUCGCCGUGCCAACCAAGGCAGCUUGACGGAGUUACACACACCUGCUGGUGCGCAUCG